GUGACUGAGAGGAGAUCAAUAAUAAACUAAAACUGGUUUAUUCAUCCUGUUUUAAACAAUAACGCAAAGAUCAUCAACUGACAACAUGGACGGGGGACACUAUGGCUUUGCUCGUGAUUAUUUUGAUCGUUUUGUACAAAAUCAAGACUCAUCUGUCGUAAACAAGUUUCAGCAGAAGUACUGGAAAACCAAACAAACACUGAUCAAAGUCACGGGCAAGAAAGAAGACGAGCAUGUGGUGGCAUCAGACGCAGACCUUGAUGCCAAACUAGAGGUGUUUCACUCAGUGCAAAGAACAUGCAUGGAGCUUCUUAAAGUAAUAGAGCAGUACCAAAGGAGGAUCUGUGUUCUGUCUCAGGAGGAGAACGAAUUGGGUCGGUUCUUGCGCUCACAGGGUUCUCAGGAUAAAAGCCGAGCAGGGAAGAUCAUGCAGGCCACCGGAAAAGCUCUCUGUAUCUCGGCCCAACAAAGGCUGGCAUUGCGUGUGCCACUGUGCCGCCUGUACCAGGAGGUGGAGACAUUCCGCUACAGAGCAAUCUCAGAUACAUGGCUCACUGUAAAUAGGAUGGAACAGGCCAGGACCGAGUACCGCGGUGCUCUGCUCUGGAUGAAGGAUGUAUCACAGGAACUGGAUCCAGAUACACACAAACAGAUGGAGAGGUUUAGAAAGGUUCAGGCUCAGGUACGUCUUACCAAAACCAGCUUUGAUAAGCUGAGAAAUGAUGUUUGUCAGAAGGUUGAUCUACUGGGAGCCAGUCGAUGUAACCUGCUCUCUCACGUCCUCACCAACUACCAGACCACACUGUUACAUUUCUGGGAGAAAACAUCUCACACUAUGGCUGCCAUUCACGAGAGCUUCAGGGGCUGCCAGCUGUAUGAACUGUCAGCACAUAAGCAGAAUAAAGGAGUCGAUCAGGGAUCAAAGAAACAAACAAAGAAGAAAAACAAAGUGAAACCAGCAGAAGAAGGAACAAGUCCAACCACAGAAGAAACGCUCAUUUCUAUAGACGAUACGGGCGUUAAGAAGGACACGACUCAGUCAGGAGCCACUGAGGAAAAACACUGUGGCAGCAACAGUCAGGAGAAAGAUGAUUUGAGCAUGCUCAGUGAAAUCCUGGGCUCCAGCUCCAUGGAGGAGAGUGACUUCUCCCAGCAGUGGAGGGACAUAUUCGGCGACGAUGAGCCUGCAGCGCUGGACGCUCAACCUGAAGAGCAGGAAGCUUCGUUUUUCCUUCCGUCACAACUGCUUGACCAGAAUAUGAACAACCUGCAGACUGCUAUGUCAGGCUGGAUGAUGGAAAAUCCACAAGGUGCGGCCGAGUUAAGCGAUCAGACCGCUGGAGGCAAUCAGAGCAAAUCCAAACCAGCAGCAAAAGACACCUCUGAAAGUGUGAAGGAACGCUUUGCUUGGUUUAACCUGUUUGCUGAUUUGGAUCCUCUCACCAACCCAGAUGCGAUCGGGAGAGCGGAUGAGGAACACAAGCUCUUUACUGCAUAACAGCCUUCAAUAUUUAAGCAUCUUUUUACUUCCUUCUGCACACUGGACAUAAACAUGUUUAAUAUUUGUUUUUAUUCAAAGUGGUUUGCAUGUGUGUCUGAAUACAACCCGAUCACAAAGCUGAGCAGCCAAAGUUCUGAUUAACAGCAUUAAAUGUUUCAUCUAUUUACCAGUAACCCUACAGCAGCAGGUUUCAACCUUGCCGUCUGGACACUGCAUGAGGUUACCCGAGAUGUAGCUGGCUCCCAAGAUUUUUUUUAUUAAACCAGAAUUCUGGGCAUAUUACUCAAAGUUAUGAAGUACUUUUGAAAUGAGGUGUGUGUGGCUUUUGCAGAUCUAAACCUGGCAACCAGGCUCAUUCAGGGUUUCCCUUUGUGGGCUCAGUGUUGUCAAGAGAAAAUGUUGUGCAUCCUUAUGAUGUAUUGCUACACCACUGACCUGAACCAGCGCAUCAGCUGGCUUUAUUUGGUGCUAAUUCUUUGACAGUUUAAAACAGGAUUAGGGUUGUUCUGCAUGUGUGGAAUGAGCAAAGAAUUUAUAUAAAAAUACAACAUGUAUUUAUUCAUAUUUAUUCUUACAUAUUUGUAUAAUUAAUAAAAAAGAUAGUUGCAAAUAGUAAUGCUAGUAUAACAAAGGGUGCCUGUUAAGGCGACCAUACACACAUCAAAUAUUUAUUGGAUAAAUGGGCACUCUGCUAAAUAAACUCAAAUAUAUACGUCAUAAAUAUCAGCAAAUAACUCUUAUUUAUUUAUGAAAAGAAACAAGUGUGGAUAGAAAACUUGCAUUUUAUUGUGAAUAAAAAAAAAUCAACUACUAA